UGUCGUGCGACUGUUCAAAUUCAACUCGCUUAAUUCCUUGACUGGAAGACACAGAGAAAUCCUAUUUUAGACUGAUAAUUACGAUGUGUGUAAAGCAUUUUAAAAAAAUUUGACCAUUGUAUGUGGAUCCAUUAUUAUAAGUGCAGCUGCAUUGGAGAUCAGUGCAAAGCCAGUGCCAUCGGUUUCUGUUGACUCCGUGAGAUGUCAGACAAAACACCUGCGUCAAUGCUCAAUGUAUAAACUAAGACGAUAUGACCACAGUUGACACUUUCUUCCGUUACAAGCAAACUGCAAGUACGCGAUAAAGAAUGAGAUCCCAUAUUUUAAAAUGGAUUCCACUUCUGAUGACGCUAAACUUGAUAACACCGUGCCCUUGCUUCUCGUCUGGUGAAGAUGAUUUCAACAAUACUGGUGAGGAUAUGUCCGGCAGUGGAGAUGUAUCCCAGUCCUUUCAGUGUCCGCAACAGAAGUCAGUUGUCUUUACUGUUAUACAAAGACAUCCCUAUGCUAGAAAUGACACAGGAAUAAUGACUCUACCGGACUUGAUUGACCUUGACAUGAUGGCAUCGUCGCUGUUUGAGAAAUGCACGUGUUUCUCCAACACAAGUGUUGAAAUAAAAGUUGCGGAGAACAGAAGCCAAUUGGAGAAGAUUGUCACGGCAAAUCAAACUGACUUUGGAUUUCCAGUCUUCUCGCCAGUUG